CAUUGAUACGUACGUACCUAGGACCUACAUUCACAUACAAACAAUAUUCCAACGCCAUUUUUUGCGCCAAUUUAAUUAGAACUUGAAUUCAAUUACUUAAUCAGCAAAUUUCGAUAUCUCUACUUCCAUCUGGAGGACGCCAUGAAUCACCAUACAAAGUCAUUGUCAUUCUUCAUUCUUCUAUUCGUGAUAAAAGACAUUUCACCAGCGCAGAUUGCCUUACCUUCCUUCAAAUACGACAUUUCAUCAUCUUUGCCUGACUUGAUUAUCAAAAUAUUCGAAAACGCCGAAGAUUCAAAUAUCGAUACCACAGUGAUCACAGCAUUCGAUAACGGAAGGAAUGGCAUAGAAUUGGAAUACAAUAUAACCGAGGCGGCGAACCCUACUUCUUUACAAUCAAAAAUCAUAUUUUACGACACCAGAUUUCGCGUUCUGCCUAUUUACUCAUGGCAUAAAAGAGAAGGCCCGCCAUUUACGCUGGAAGCUUGGAAGCUGUCCGAUAGUAAAAUUCGUUUAUCGACCAAAAGAGUCGGAAUCGAAUUACGAGGACAAAUUCGUGCAAAAAGGGACCAGUAUUACGCUAGUUACUGGACAAACUUGCAUUUCGAGGACUUCGUAUUGGACGCGAUUCGAGUAUCUAAAGAUCCUAAUGACGUUAAAUUUUCUUUCAAAUUGACGUAUAAAUCAUGCGACUUCAAAGACGACGACGGCCGCGGCGUGGAUCGCGACAUAGGCUGGCCCAGAGGUGAAUUAACAAUCAAGGAGAGAAGACCGUUGAUAAAUUACAUGAAACGCAUAAUACCCAAAGUGCUAAACGAAUACAUGAAUCGUAAUCCACAAUUUUCACAGGCCUUUUACCAAAUUACCAAAAUCUACGAUCAACCAUUCGAAACUGUCUCAGCUAAUCGGAAUUUGAAAAACGAUCGACACCUGUAUUACUACUUAAUACCACAAACUCGUUUUUACCAGUUUUAUUUGAGAAAUAUUAUUAUCCAGGGGUUACUGAAUUUCGACUCGUUAGACGUCGAGAGGAACUCAUUCUACUACGAGUACACUCGUACAUUAUUGAUGAAAAAUAUUCGUGGAAAUAUGACUUUGGAUUACCUCUCGGAAAUUCAGAAACCUUUAGAUUUGAAUUUCGUGAUUGAUUACCUUUCGAUUUCGAUUAAAAAUGGAACCGAUUUCAUGCACGUGGAAGCGAGAAGUUACAGCAUUAAUCGUACGACUGGUGCUGCUUUGACUCAUCGACAAUCGGCGAGCAUAAUUCAAAAAAUAGAAUGCGCUUUGGCUACUGAGUUGAUGCCAUCGAAAAGAGCUUGGAAAACGUGCGAUAUUAAACCUGACAUCGACCGAAUUGAAAUCACGAAUGCAACUGACUGGGAAAUCAUUGAAAAGAAAUACAAAGAGUGGAUUCCAUUCAAUCAGAAGAAAUUGAGUUUGAUGCAAAGAAUAAGGAUUCCAUUGUUAAAGACAAAUUAAUAAUUACACAGAUACAAGUUGACUGCGACGACAACGAUUGACCAAUACGAACUGUUUCUACGAGUAUUAAAAUAUAAAACUGAAAUUUUGCAACAGGUUCAUUCACUUUACAUGAUCGUCGAUAGUCGAUAUUUUAUUGAAUUUUAUACACGAGUACCUACUUAGAUAGCUUCUUUUAAUAGGUAUGCAGGCGCCAACUU